AUGAAUACCCAACAUAUCAACCUCAGCAAAAGCACAAGCAAAAGACUUGAAAGCACAUCGCUACUACUCCAAAACGAAAAAUCUUUAUAUGGGAAGUCUAAUUCGGCAAUAAGAGCUAAAGGAACCGAUACAGAAUUUCAGGUCAAAUAUAAAACUGAGAUGUGCAAAAACUGGGAAUCAGGGCAGUGCGAAUUCGGAAACAAAUGCGCUUUUGCGCAUGGAAUUGAGGAACUAAGAAAUAAAUCGCACAAAAGCGCAAAACCGAAAAUCCCUGGAUGCAAAAUGUAUCAAGACAAGGGAUAAUAAAUAAAUAAAUAAAUUAAAAAUCGUUUGUCUAGCAGAGCCGAGGAUUUGCACCUCUACAAGCUCAUCGCUCCUGAGGAAUCCCUGCGGACACCCUUCCUAGUUGCCUCAAGCAAGGGAUUCUUUCAACCAGUCUUGACUUCCACGGCUUCUGGAGCCUAAGGGCCACCAUCUGGGUCGAAACUCCCAGUAUCUCGUUAGACAAAUGCCAUCUCUUGAGUCCUGCUCGAGGGAUUCAGCACUAAUCAGGACUGUCGCCGAUCUUGCUCUUUCCACUGGUUGUUCUGGGGAUUAGUUCCAUAGGGCCUGAGUAAAACUAGCCCGACAUACAUAAAGGAUUCCGACCCCUUUUUACCUAAAUCCCAGCCACUGGGCUGUUGUCUGGAGGUUUGAAGAAAUAGGGUCGAGAGGUAGGGUGGCACGUCGCCAUCUUUAUGUGUAUAGGACAAUGGAUACUGCAUUUAUGGUAGCAAGUGUCAAUUUUCACACAGAGAAAGUUCUCCAGAUACUGAUUCUAGUUCCCCGGAUAAUAGUGCAUUUUCUAGCAGAAGGAAUUCAAACGAGGCAAUUUUUAGGAUGCCAUUAUUUAUUGAUUUAGAGAGCAGGUCGUGCUAA